GGCAAGUGUAACCGCUGCAUAUCUACGGCAUUGUUUAUCUCCGUAUAUGAUGGAUCAGUUAAGAGUCAUUCCGCAAUUUAGCUAGUUAAUUUUUAUUAGUACUAGACUCUGGAGUGCUGUGACGGUGAGUGUGUAAUUGGAUUUGACAGUGUGAUUUUUUGUUUUUUCCUCAUUUUAUCGUAGAAUAACAUGUGCUGAGGGGAACCAGAUAUGAAAAUCGAGAUUUUAUGGCUGUUGAACCUGCAAAUAAUUUAUAUAUAUGCCAUAAAUUGCAAACAAGGACCAACAUGUCUCAUCACCCGUUCGCACAAAAUGAAAACAGCUGAUUGUUAUAACAGAGAGUUUAGAGAAUUUCCACAAUGCUUGACCUCAGACGUCGAGGUAAUCGAUUUGGGCUACAAUAGAAUAAGGAAAAUAACAAGAAGUGACCUUAGCAAAUUCAGUAGUUUAAAAUUCUUGUACUUAGGAGACAAUCUUAUCUCUAAAUUAGAUAAAGACCUAUUUGAGGACGCAUAUCGCUUAACGACUUUAGAUUUGUCGUUAAAUGCCAUUCUUACCAUACCUCCAAGCAUAUUUCACCUGCCAUAUUUAAACUCACUGUACCUAAAACAGAAUUCAAAUAUAAAUAUAGUAAAGGCUGUAGAAGCUGCUAGCCCUAUUUCCAGUCCUCUUAUACAAAUAGAUAUUAGUAAAACGACUGACGCUGAAAACCCGACAAACUUUCCCAAUUUUGGACUGAUGCCAUUAUUGACAACGUUGAAUGUAUCUGGUAAUUUUUAUUUUAAUGUAACACCUGGUUUAUUUAUGGGACUGUGCAAUUUGCAAAAGUUAAUCAACGAUAAUAUCACUGUGGCUUUCAAUGAUACUUGUGACUGCUGGAGAGUGAAUUACUGGCUUAAAACCAGACAAGUACAGUUUACUAGGUUUAUUUGCCUUAUAGCUGAGUCACAAUGCACCGUGACUUUGAAGGAUGAAGACUUGCAGUUGUUUAGUCAAUGCAAUAUAAAAUUUGAAGCAAUUAAAAGAAAUAACUUACUGAAAAGUAUUUGUAUAGGUGUAGGAGCAACAGCAGCUGUUAUUAUUAUUAUGAGUUUCCUGAUCUUUUUAUACUGUCGAAAAAAUAGAAAGCAUAAAAAUAAACCGGCCAAAACACUGGACAGUAUUGGAGAUGAUUCACCUUUACGGAUGAAAACUGUAGAAAAUAUUUACAAAUAGAUAUUUAUUUUUAGGACAAGUUCACACAUGGCAGAUUCCGCGCUAUUCCGAACUGAUGUUCACUAAACCAGGCGGAUCAUGUCUCUGCUCAGUAGCCGCCGAUUGAACACUGGAAAAUGAAUACACGCGGAUUUCGCACGGAUCAGUUAUACGAAUGUAUACGCGUAACCAGGCGUAUUGAACUUAUGAUAGCUUUUGAUUUUUUUAUGCGCAGACUGGAACCACGCGGAUUUUGCCGUGUCUAAACUUGCCCUUAUGCGGUUCUUUACCAACAAUUUUUUACACUUUUGGUACUGAUCGAUGAGAAUAUGAAUGGUUAUGGGAUACGCGCAGGCUGACCUAGACCGCUAUAGGUCUCAUUUGGAGUUAAAAUCACAAUAUUGCAAUAUUUAGAAGUAUUUCUGAAAGUUCCUAAUACAUCGUUAAGUUCACAUCAAAUAUCCAUAACUAGUCAUAUUCUGUUCGGAAAAUAGUCUCCAAUAGUAUAAAAAUAACUUCAAGUCUAAAAAAUAUUAUGUAGAGUAAUCAAAAGAUCGAUAUUUUGAAAAACAGGGUCUCUUAAAUUAUUGAUGCACUACAAAAUGAAAAUAUUUUGUAAGCCAUAAUCCUAAUCAGGAUCAUCCAUGUGCCAUAGAGAUACGCAACGACUUGAUUAGAUGGCCAAUCAGUGAGAUAUUGCUGGUAAUGAGGCUGCUGGUAAAUUUAUUGAGCGUGAUGAACAAUUUUUUAA